CAACUUACCUGUGAUGCCGCAUAGAAUACCAUCCACAGCUGCCUAGCACUUAUUUAUCAUUAUUCCCGUUCCAAAGAGCAGCAGCCUGUGGGAAAACUGCUUUAUUCCAAAGAUGGUCGCUUCAGGGAACAACUAUUUCGUCGAGACAGUAGUGGUAGUGUAAAGGAUCUUCAUUAUUUACCUGUGCUUCUUACCUGGACGAACUUACGGACGACGGAGGAUACUGGGAUAACAACCUAAAACGACAGGAGGAUACGUACGUAGUGCGACAAACAGAUGGAGGAGCGAGCGACCGCCUUUCGCCAGAGGAAACUUUCCUCCCUGGUUUACGACGAUGACGAAGUCGAGGAACUAUGGGCGGCCGUGGACUCGGGCAACUUCGGCCAAGUUCGGAAGCUGAGCCGAGGGGAGCUCGAACUCGACCGCGUGUACGGCGACAGGGCCUUUAACUUCCUCUGGCAGGCAGGAUUUAAGAACCACUUGGACAUCGUACGAGAGCUGAUUCGCGCGGGCGCAGACGUGAACUGGCGGCAGCCCUCCACGGGUGACACCCUGCUGAUGUUCGCCGUCAAGAUGCAGAAAGAGGAGCUGGUGUGUACGCUGCUGGAGGAGUGCGACCCUCCGAGUGACGUGAACCUGCCCAACAGCUGUUUUGAGAUCCCGCUCCACGCCGCGGUGGAUGCCGGGAAUGUGGACCUGAUGCAGAUCCUGCUGCAGAGCAGGGCCAAGAUCAACUUCAAGAAUGUAGAUGGCGACACUCCCCUGCAUUACGCUGUGAAACACGACAACAAGGAGAUCGCCUCCAUUCUCCUAGACAGCGGCUGCCGGAGCGAUAUCGCAAAUGACAAGGGCCAGACAUGUCUACAUCUCGCUGCCAUGGGUAACAACAUGGACCUGGUCCAGCUACUGGUAAAGGCGGGAUGUGACGCCAACGCCAGAGACAAGGCGAAAAAGUUCCCACAGGACUAUGCCACAGACCAAGCUAUUGUGGACUAUCUGGACAUGCAGCCAGCAAUGGAUUAGAACUCAGCCUUAGUGCUAUAUUGUCGAGCUUGGGAAAAAUUCAAAUGAUAGAGGUUGCAUUGGUUUGAAAAGAGCCGCUUAUUUAUUCUAUCCAGUAUGUUUCUACCAUCUCAAAGUUGUCAGAAAGUUGUCAUCUGUAUCCUAAAAGUUGUACCAUUCUCCAUUUCUUGUUACUUUGAAAGAAGUGUGUUAUCGAAUUGUAAGGAGAGUGUUCUUCUUUCGCCACUGUUUGCAAAAGGUUACAUUGUACGUUAGAAGCAUCCUAUUGUUUUCCUUCUCAGGUACUCAUUUAACACCAGUUUGUGUUUGUUAUGCUCCUGUCAUACAGUCAAUGAGGUUCCGCUGUGUUUCUUGAUUGCUAGGAAGUAGCAGAAUCAUCAAAUUGACCAAGAGUUGUACUUUUCACCUGAAAAUGUACCCCAUUGCAUUGUACUGGGCUUGUUGACCUGCUGUAUGAUAGGACCUCUAAGGUGGUGGGUGAAAAGGCUAAUUUGACAAUAACUCUAUUAGUCCAUUUCAUAUUUUUUAUGGUAUUAUGAUGCCUUUUUGUCUUAUCAUCAUAAAACUUGUUUGGGCACAUUUCACAGAUAGUGAUAAAAGGAUGUUUACGUAUGAUUCUAAUGCCAUGAAAUGGGUAAGGUAAUAUCAUGAAAUAUGAAUUAUGUUA